AUGGUGCCUGUGGCUAUAGAAGGAUGCACCCAGGGUGCUGAAGGUGGAGGAGCCAGAGGCGGCUCUAUCUCAUUGGCUUUACUUAUAGAUUUUAUUGUACAGCGUACUUAUGAUGAACUCACUGUGUUGGCUGAAUUGUUGCCUCGUAAAACGGACAUGGAGCGCAAAAUUGAGAUAUAUAAAUUCAGUGCACGAACAAGACAAUUAUUUGUUCGUCUGUUGGCCCUGGUGAAGUGGGCUAGUAGUGCCACAAAAGUGGACCGCUCAGCACAUAUCAUGGCGUUUCUUGAUAAACAAGCUUUACUGUUUGUUGAAACAGCUGAUGUUUUGGCUAGAGUGGCCCGGGAGACACUAGUACAUGCAAGGUUACCAACCUUCCACAUGGCUGCGGCAGUGGAAGUGCUGACAUUGGGUACAUACAGUAGACUGCCAGCAGUCAUAAGGGAGCGGCUGGUCCCCCCUCCGUCACUCACACCGGGUGAACGUCGCACAACAUUGCGCGCACUGGCCCAUGUUGUACGCCAACGCCUUACAACUGCUUCUUUGCCCAGUGACAUAAGAAACUUGAAGGUAGAGAAUGGGCGUGCAACAUUCACAGUUGGUCAAGAAUUCAGUGUUUCUCUGACUGUCAUGGGAGAUGCUCCAAACUUGCCAUGGCGAUUAUUGGACAUUGCUAUACUGAUACAAGACAGUGAAACUGGAGAGGGGAAGCCUCUCGUGCAUAGUUCUCAACUUGCUUGGCUACGCGGAGUGGCACAGGCGCGCCUAGCGGCAGCUGGACUGAGCGGCGCACUCACUGCCCUGCGAUACUUCUGCCGCUCGCUGUCUUUAGAGCUCUUGUACACACAAACAUUGCGACUGUGUCGAGAUCGUCUCUCUCGACAUCUACAAGUAGACAGAUAUACCCCUGGACAGAAACUGCAAGUCUCAUACUGGAGGGAGCUGGGCUGCGAGCUGGGCUACCGGCUGAUCGUCGGCGCGGAGGGCUCGCAGCUGUGCGUGUGGCACGUGCCGGCGCUGGCGGGCGGCGAGCGCGUGGCGGGCGCGCUCAGCCCGCACGCGCCCUCCAUGGAGCGUCUACUGGCGCACACCGUGCACGUGCGCUCGCGCCAGCGCCUCAACGACCUGCGCGUGCUGCUGCAGGAGCUGGGCGUGGAGUGCAGCGUGGGCGGCUGGCCGUGCGUGCUGGCGUGCUCGGUGGUGGCGCCGUGCCUGCGCGCCGAGCAGCUGCUGGUGUGCGUGGGCGCGCACGGGGGCCGCCUGCGCGCGCGCGUGCCGGCCUACCCCGCCACGCCGCGCAUGCCCGACCUGGCCGCCGCGCUCGCCAACACCAACGUGCCGCUCAUCAAGACCCUGCUCACACAGCUUCGGUUCUGGCUGGUGGCGCGGCGCUGCGAGAAGACGCUGCAGCACCUGCCGGCCAGUGUCUGCGAGCACCUGCCCUUCCUGCAUGGGCCCGAGCACCCGCUCACCAAGCUUUCGCCCGACCGACUCUACGUCACGCUGCACCGACACACCGACCAUAUUUUGAUAGUGGAGAUGAAGGAGGUGGCGGCGGGCAGCUCGGCCACGACCAGCAACAGCGGGAACAGUGGCAGCGCGUGCUCCGUGGCGCUGUCCUUCCACCUCGCCGGGGCCAAGCGCUGCACGCCAGACGAGUGCGAGGACGAGGGCACACCUAGCAGCUCGUCUACUCCGGCAACAGCUCCGCGCGCCUACUUAAAGCUGAAUUCUUUGGUAGAACUCGAUACAUUCACUCUCACACACGGACCAUUCACACCACUCGAUACACCCGGUAUGCAGCCGGGUAAGCGCAAGUUGUCGGCGGCGUCUCAGCGCGCGGUGCGCGUGCGCCAGCCCGCCUACUUCAUACCGGAGCUAGCACAUGUCGUGGCCGCUGCAGAUGAACGCGUGCCCUUCGUUAAUCUCGCGCAGGAGCUGGCUCAGCGCGGCGUGACGCACGGCGGCGUGCAGCCGGAGUGGAGCGGGUCGGCGCUGGCCAUGCGCGUGGUGUGGCUGCCGCGGCCCGACGGCGCCUGCGCGCGCGCCGCCGCCGCGCUGCGCGCGCGCCUGCUGGCCGCCACCAUCCGCCUCACCACCAAGAACCAGGCACGAGUCUGGACUGCGGAGUUCGUCUUCCACGGCUCACCUGUACGCACGCCGAACCCACGAGAGCAAGGCGAGCGCCGAUGCGUGUACUUACAAUACGAGCUGGGUACGGACGCGGGUCGCACUGCGGACGCCUUCCUCGCGGACUGGGCCGCCAUAGUACACCUGCACACCCUGCUACACGACUUCAUGCUCAGACCUGCACAAGAGCGCGAGACGCUGUGGGCGGGCGUGUGCGUGCGCUCGUACACGUACCGCUCGCUGGUGGUGGGCGUGGGCCCGCUGGGCCGCGCCACGGCCGUGCUGCAGUGGCACGCCGCGUCGCAGCGCUACUCGCUCGCCACGCCCGCGCACCAGCCCGCCGCCAACGCGCACCAUCUGCUGCACCACCACCUCGACCACUACAUCAACUGCCACAAAGAUCUGAUGUCAUUCGGAGUGGUGCUACGUGAGACGUACGGUCCCCUGCUGGCCCUGUCCCGGCUGCCCACACUGCCACAGCUGGGCCUGCACCACGUGCGCAGCCUCAUGCCCACGCCUACCUUCACUCUACUUGCACAUUCCUGGAGAAAGAUACGCAUAGUGUACGCGGGUGCGUACUCGCUAGAGGUGGGCAUUCGUGGAGGAGGUAUCAUCACCAUACGCGACGGCUCCUACUCUAAGUUCGAUCGCAACACUGUUGUUGAUGAAUUCGCUCCGGCUCUCGGAUUAAAGGCGUUUUUAUCACGAUAUGUGGACGACAAUAUGAGUGCCAGACUCUUAGCUGAAGACGACAACCCGCCGUCACCUAUGUCGCCGAUGCCACCAGGAGGCCUAAGGUUCCCUGCGCCCCUGACUCCGCCGCAGCCCCACACGCCCCACUCAGCGCCCGUCACUCCGCACCCCGCCUCGCCCGCUCAGCACCAGAUGGGUGGCGGAUCGUUCAACCUGACGUCUCCGCCGGGCGGUGCGGGCGGUGCGGGUGCCGGCGGCGCGGGGGGCGGGGUGUCCGCGUCCCCCGCGUCCCCGAUGGCCCCCUCUCCGCAUGCGGCCCCCGCCGCCUCACCGCACCCGCCCCCCACGUCCCCCUUCACGGCGUGGCCCGCCUCGCCUUCACUGCCGCGGCCCUCGCCCGGACACCAUCCCUCGCCGAGACAUCACAUUGAUCACAAAGGUCCGCAAGCUAGCUCGAGUUCCCGCGCGACGUCGUCGUCAAGUGGACGCGGGUGGGCGGGCGCCACGGCCACUCCCCUGGCGGUGUGCAAGCUGGAGACGCUGUGCACUCCCAGCGAGCCCCCGCCCGGCGCCCCGCCCGGGCCCACGCUGGCGCCCGUGCAGCGGUUCCUCGCCUGCGUCUACAUGAAGAGGACUCUGCAGCGCUUCGUGCAGCAGGAAGAGUUUCUGACGCUGGUGUCGGUGGAAGCGACGAGCCUGACGUUCCGCUGCGAGGGCGCCGGCCUGGCCGCGCGCGUGGCGCUGCACCCGCAGCACUUGCAGUCGCUGCAUCUGCAGCUCACGCCGCUGCCUGACCACAACAAGGACACUUGGUCCGCGGACGACUUACAGGUGAUGGAGAAAUUUUUCGAGCAACGCGUAGCGAUAGCUCCGUACCGCGCCACGGCACUGCAGGGCUGGACUCGCGCUUGGGGCGCCCCGGGCGCGGCGCUGGGGUCGCUGGUGGCGCUCAUGCGGGCUGAGCUGGCGCCCGCUGCGUCCGCACUGUGGCAGCUGCACUGGGCGCUGCGCAUCCCGCCCGCCGCGCCGCCCAUCGUGCCCGCCGGCCAGCCCGCUGUGCUACUCGCCAAGCACAAAAUACUGUUCUUUAUCUGCCUGACGCACGGCGACACGCAGCUAGUGCUGCCGCUGGUGUACGACAUGCAGCUCAACGUCACGCAGCUGGCAGAUAAACAGAACGCGCAGCCACAUCUCAUCGCCGUCAGUUUACAUCUCAAACGGUUCAACGAGUUCAACCAGUCGCACGCGGAGUGCACGCUGUGGCCGGCAGUGCGCGACCUGCUCACCAACUUCACGCUGCCGCAGGAAGCCGCGCAGGCCGCCGCCCCGCCGCCCUAG